AGCCAGAUCGGAGCCACAUCUGCGACCUACAGCUACACCGCAGCUCACAGCAACGCCGGAUUCCCGACCCGCUGAGCGAGGCCAGGGCUGGAACCCGCCUCCUCAUGGAUACUGGUCGGGUCAUUUCUGCCGCUGCCCCAGCAGGAACGCCUGCGAUUCCUUUACAUUCGCGGAGAAGUGUUCCUGGCCCAACGUGUGAUCUGCCUCCGGGAGCAGACCAGGCCCGGAGCAGAGCCUCUGUUCUGAGGCAGGCGGAGGUGGUGCCCUAAAGAGUCAGCUGGUCCUCCGUGGCUGAUGGCAUUGGCCGAGGGUCUGUGUUGGUGCCGCGUUAUUUGCACCCAGUCCGUUCCAUCAGCUGUGCGAGUGGGUUGUCAGAAGGUGGGAUCUCAGUCCCCAGAGCAGGGGUGGAACCCGGGCGGCGGCAGCGAGAAGGACAGAAGCACCCACUGCUGACCCUGGGCCCCCCGGGCUCCCUGGGGCGCCUUUGACAGAGGCACGUGUGUUCACUUCUCCUCGGGGAACUGACCCUUCCACGUUAGCGGUCACUCUGCUGCAGGCGUCGCCUUUCGUCUGGAAGUCCACCUUCUCGAGCAGGACUAGAGGCACUCCCUGUCUCGCACAAGUUGCUGCACGCGAGUCUUUGUCCACUCGCUUUCUUUCAGCCCGGCCGUGUCUUUGUAGUUGCGUCUUGAUUGACUCAUUUAUUUAUUUAUUUACUUAUUUUUGUCUUUUUAGGGCCGCACCCAUGGCAGGUGGAGGUUCCCAGGCUAAGGGUUGAAUCAGAGUUGUAACCGCUGGUCUGCGCCGCAGCCGCAGCAGCUCGGAUCCGAGCCACAUCUGCGCUGAGCUACACCGUAGCUCACGGCAACAGGGGAUCCUUAACCCUGUGAGCGAGGCCAGGGAUCCAGUCCAAGUCCUCACGGAUGCUCGUUGGCUUUGUUAACCACUGAGCCACGACGGGAACUCCCCUGUCGUCUCUCGUGGGCAGGCUGUCCCUGCAAGGUUGGUCUUGGGUUCCUCUUCCAAGGAGAGAGAGGCCUUUCCUUGAGGCAGAGCAUGGGGACCAGGCGGGUGUUGGGUUCCUCAGUGGGGGUAGGGGUCUGUCGCCUUAAAAGGGGAUGUGGAAACACUCUCUGAGCAGCUGUGGGCUCCCGGACAAGCAGGUAUUCUACGCCUGGUUUACUGUGGCCUCAGGGGUUACACCCAGCCUCCUGCUGCUGCUCCCAGCUGCUGGCCGCGGUUCCCUGAGUUAGCCUGGGCCCCUCCUGUGGGGCAGGCACAUUCGCACCCUGGGGUGCAGCAGUGAGCAGGAUGGACCGGGGCAGCGCCCGUCCACAGAGGGUGAGAAUCAAGGGCCAAGGCAGCAUUCACAUAAGCCAGAUUUCUUCGAGGAAAGAAGUGGCCAGAGGAGUUCCCGUCGUGGUGCAGCGGAAAUGAGUGUGACUCGGAACCACGGCCCCAAAGGUCCUUAGGAGGGGGACGCAGAGGAGACCUGACUGCAGAAGAGGAGCUGGCGGUGUGUCGGGGGAAGCAGCGCUGGGGUGCAGCCCCCAUGGCGAGCGCUGGCAGCCGGAAGAAUCGUACACGAGGCGCUUGCAAACCCUUGUCCGUGGUAGCCCUGUCGAGGGAUGGAGGCAACUGCAGGUGCACGGCCAGCCUGCGGGGCGCCCUGAACAUGGUGUGCGCGUGCGGGACCGCGUUCCACCGUGGGGACCCUCGUGGGGGAACCCGGAGGACACUCAGCGAGUGAGCGGUGACACGCAGAAGACGGUCGCGUUCGGUUCCACUUCCCCGAGGGCCCCAGAGCGUCACCUCAAGGGACAGACGGGAGACAGGGGGCCGGGGGAGGCAGGGCCCCGCGGGUGCUCGGCUGGGAGAUGAAGGGGCUCUGGCGGUGACGGGGAUGGUCACACAGCCGUGGGCCCGGCUUCGUGCCCUGAGUGGUAGGAACGCGUGAGACGAGGGAGUUGCCCGGCAGCCUCAAGGUUAGGGCUCCGUGCUGUCACCGCUGCGGCCCAGCUUCUGUCGCUGGUUUGGAAACAGAUGCCGCAUGAAGCCCCAGCCCUGGUCGAGGCGGUCACUUUUACAUCCUGUCUCGUCCCAGCCGAAGGCGGCCGGACCGCGCUGCCCGGCCUUUCACAGGGCAGAGCCUCAGCGAAGCGACCCUGCUUCUCCAUCGCCUGCGCUGCUGCGUCUGGCUCCUGAGUCUCUUUUACCAGGGAACCUGAGGCAGCGCUGAGCACAGCUGGCUUGUUGGGUCUCAUCUCUCUGGUCCUGGUCCUGGUCCUGGUCCUGACUGGUUGGAGGCCCAGGGCUGGUGUCCCCCCCACACACACCGUCUCACUCUCAGCUCUCGCCGAGUGUGGCCUUGAUGCCAUGCUAAUGACACUCACCGUUACCCCAGCCCUUGGCUUGAGCUCAGAUGUCAGCUGCACGUCUCCGACUCAUGGCUGAAGCUCUGAGUGCCACCUGCAGGGUCCCCGCCUCAGGCAACUGCCAGCCCACCCUGCCAGUGCCCCAGGCCAGAGCCACUUUCUCCCUCCUCCAUCGGACCCACGGGAACCCCUGCUGGCUCUGUCGUCAGGAGACGUCUGGGGCCCCCCAUUGUCAGGCCUUCUCUGUUGCUCUGCUUGGAAUGUGGGCGCACCGGUCGCUGCCCCACCCUGCAGCCCCUUGUCACAGGCAGCCGCACAGCUCUGCUAAGGGCCCCCUGUGCUCCUGUGCUCAGAGCUCUCCCAGGGCACCAGCCUCCUGCAGGCUCUCUGUGUGCCGCAGGCUGGCCUCCGCAGGCUUCUUGCACCAGCUGUGCCCUCUGCCAGGGGCACCGUGCCCCACCCCUCCUGCUCAGCAUCUCAGCAUCUCUUCAGGCUGCCUUCCCACCAGGGGCCCUGGGGCCUCCACCACCUUGAUUCAGGUAGUUGACAGAAUUUAGUUCCUUACACUUGUGGGGCUGACAGCCCUGUUAUCUUUUUGCUUUUCUGGCCACCUUGUGGCAUAUAGAGUUCCCAGGCCAGGGAUUAGAUCCCAGCCCUAGUUGUAACCUUACAGCAAGGCUGGAUCCUUAACCCACUGUGCUAAGCUGGGGAUCAAACCUGCAUCCCAGGUCUCCUGAGACGCUGCUGGUCCCCUUGUGCCACAGCGGGAACUCCUGACAUCCCUGUUUUCCUGCUGGAGGUUGGCAGGCAGCGUCCUCGGCUCCUAGGGACCACCCCGUGGUCGCCUGCGUGGCCUUCUUGUAGCACAGCAGCUUCCGUCUUCGCGGCCAGCUGCCUGCUGCUGUUAGCACGAGCCGUGUUCAUCCCGCUUGCCCCUCACGGCUCUCCCGUCGCCCACGCCCCUCAGGACCCGGCCCCAGGGCGUCCGUUCCUGGGGCACCCAACAGCCCAGGAGCUGUCUCUGCCCGGGGCACCUGCAGUGAAGCUCCCAGUCGACAAGCCCACCAGGAAGACCUAGCUUUUCCUCCGCUUUGUAAUGACCACCUUUUAAGUGUGAGGGACGGUUAGGGAGCUCAGAGACUUCGUGCAAGCCUCCGGGAGGAAAGCAGAGACCAAAACAAGAAAGGCAAAGGCAGAAGGCCCUGGAAGGAAGCAGAGCCAGUGCCGAGAGCAGAAGAGAACGUGGAAAACAGAACUUGGUGGUGUCAGAAAAAGGAAGGCAUCAUGUUCAGAGAACCAGAAAGCAAAUUAAAAAUGAGAUGCAAGCACUUCUUUAAAAAUGAAGCUCACGUCCAGACUGCAUCCCAGAAGGCGUCUGAAAGGCAGAGAGCCCAGGCCAUGCCAGAUAAGGGCAGUGCCUGCCGGCCGAGGCGCGGUGCCGGCCCAGCUGGCGGAAGCGAGGGCAGGGCGCGGUGCAUCGCGCGGCUCCGAGGGCACGUGUGGACUCGGGGACGGUCUCCGGGUGAAAGGGCUCUUCCUGAGGGGAAGCACCCCUGGCAGGUUCGGUGGAUUCUGCCAGUGCGGAGAGGCUGCUCGAUACCUGCCGGAGACGGAAGCGGGCCCCCCAUAGAGCAUCAGGAUGGGUGGGUGGCAGACGCCGCAGCACCCACAGCAGCGGCCGGGCGGCCUCCCAGCGGCAGCUACACACGGGCUCCUGCCCACGGGAGCAGGAGUGCAGCCCUGCCGCCGAGGAAGCUCGGGCCGCGCAGCGUGCAGCCUGCCCCAGGGGCAGAGGGCACCAGCGGCUGGUGCCGCGGGCAGGAGGGUGUCGUGAAGGCUGUGGAACCGCCGGGUAAAGGAAGAAAUGGUGUGAGGUCUCCCGCGGAAAAUGCGAGGUCCCUGACGUGCAGGCCGCACAAGGCCGGGCCAGACUGCGCCUGGGGCAAGGAGAAUGCCGCCUUGCACCCCAAGAGCCCGGGACGUCACGGUCCAUCUGACAAGCCAGGCAAGAGCGCCAGGAGCAUGUUCGGGAGAUGUGGAGGCAGGGACCCCCCGGCCGCCCAAACCGUCGAAGGCCGAAGAGCAGCCAGAGGGCUUCUGGGCAGAUGCGCCGCUGUCUGGCUCCAGGCUUGGCACCGUGACCUAUGCUGGAUACCUGUGUGGUGGCCUUUCCCUCCGGUGCUUGUCCCUGGGGCCUGCGCUGGGUCGAGGGGUGUCUGUGAGGAGUGUGCAGAGAGGCGGUUGAGGGUCAGGCCCCCGCCUGGCGGGGAGCAGAGCCUGAGGCCUCGAUCCAGAGAAGGGCCCCGGAGGGGACACUGGCGCAGCCCCCGAGGGGCCCGCGGGCCCAGGCGUCCCUUCCGGGCUUGCUCCCGGCUCUGGGACAACUGACCCGAGACGCAGGCCUUCGAGCUUUGUCUUUACUCCGACGCGGGCCUGGGCCCUGUUACUGCUCUGAGUUGUUUGAUUUCUUCAGCGCUUCCGCAUAUGGCUUGAAGGUGCCCGCUGCCGCUUUGCCCGAGUGUUCUCACGGGCGUUUUAAGAUGUUUGUCUUUAAAGUAACAGGCAGGAGGCGGGGGUGGUCUCUCUUGUGGCUCAGCAGUAAUGAACGCAACCUGUAUCCAUGAGGUUGCAGGUUCGAUCCCUGGCCUCGCCCAGUGGGGUAAGGAUCCGGCAU